UAUGGCGGCGCCCAUGACUACAGGUGGUUUUCCAUUGAAAAGUAAACAGACAGCAUUUGUUUUGGAUGGUGAACCAACUGAAGUAUUGUGUUGUCAUUAUGAAGACUACGAUUUCAUUCUUGCAACACAGCUGAAUAAGAUGGGAACUAUGGUGGAAGUCACACGAGAUUUAGUUCUACAGGAAAUGUCUACGUCCAGGCCCUCCUACUCAACCCGAGUUCUUCUGGGGGUGGAUGAGCCACUCACACACGUCAUCGCCAAGAAUCUGCUUUCAAAACUGGAUACAACUAAGAAGGUUCUUUUAUCCUUUUCCCUGAAAGAACACUCCCCAAAUGUAAUCCAGAGAUUAAGUGAAGUCAUCAAAACUGUCGUUGAAUGAUCUACGCAAAAGCUGACAAAAAGGGACAUAAUCCAAACUGUCCAACUGUGAAGAGAGAGAUGCCCAAUGAGCACUAUUCCCGGUAUCAGAUGAAAUGAGAUCUCAGUGUGUUUGGGUUGUCUUUCUUACUCUGUAUCAGUAGAAAGCACCACCAGUAGUAACUUUUUCCACAAGUUAAAGUAAUUGACUGGUUUUUACCAAAAUGAUGAUUAGGUGGUAUCAAAAUUAAAUCUCUGUUUACAAAUUUGAUAAAGAA